UAACCCUUAUUUUCUGUCCCGUACAAACACCGAUGUCGUACAAAAUUUCACACCCACGUAUCUAACACUUAACCACCAACACAAUUUUUUAACACAGAUAGCAGCCCCUUCACUAUAUUUUUUCUGUCCCGUACAGUAGUAGCAAGUAACCAUCCUCCACAUUUUCUUACACACUCUAUUCAUAUUCAUAUUGUACAUGUUUUUGUUAUGGAAAAUAAAUCAUCACCAAUUUCUAACAUUACCACUACCACCAUUAACAAAAAAAAACUUCAUUCAUCCCACUUUACAACCCACCAUUAAAUUACACCAAUAACCAAAUCCACAUUCAUGAUAAAACCAUCCAUCCAUUUGUUAUUACUAACACAAUAUAAAAAAAAAACAAAACUCUUAAAAAGGGAAUUCUCACAAAUUGAUUACCAACUUCAAUCUCUACACAAAACCAAAAUCCCAUACAACUUGCAACAACAAUCAACAGGAGCUACGAAAAUAUGAAAGAUAGCUAAUCAGAACAGCCACCGCGUGUUUCCAACGGUAUCCAACGUCAAUCUUCGCCGAAGUCCACGGAAACCGUUCGGAUCCAUCUCCGGUCACCGCCGUCAGCAGUGAUUCCGUCUGCCGUUGGUCACCGCCGUCAGCAGUGAUUCCGUCUGCCGUUAAUCAAUCUCACCGCGAACAAGGGACCAUUAGGAAGGAUAACCUAACAUCCCGACCAUAUUAUCCAACAAGAUUUCAGCAGAAGAGAUCAAUGGAUCAGCAAAAGCAACAGGGUGGCCAACGCCCCUGGAGGUCCAAGCCAAAGCGAUCAUUCACCCCAUUGCACAUGCCGCUGUCUCAAGCUCUGCAACAUCUGCUCAGUCAGAACUUGGUUACUCUGCUGCCCCCAUACUCAGCUCCGGCUAACCCCUGAAGUCGUAGAUGAUUGCCUUGACGACAACAGUGAGGAAGAGGUGAUAAGAUUAGUACGAGAGGUGAAACAAAAACCCAACAAUAAAAGUAAACAUAGAAAAAAAAGAAAUGUGAUAGACCGAAGUCGUGAAGAAGGACAUAAUCUAUUGUUCAAUGACUACUUCUCUGAAAAUCCUGUAUACACAGAGGCUCAAUUCAGACGAAGGUUCCGUAUGAGAAGACAUGUGUUCCUUCGCAUUGUUGAAGCUCUUGGAAAUCAUGAUGAGUACUUUCAAAGAAGAAUUGAUGCAAUAGGUAGAAUGGGACUUUCACCAUUGUAGAAGUGCACCGCUACCAUUCAUAUUCUAGCAUAUGGAUCACCAACUAAUAUUGUGGAUGACUAUGUUCGCAUUGGUGAAAGCACGACAUUGGAGUGUGUGUACUUAGCUUAACUACAGUCACACAAGCUCUUGUGUGUGUGUAUGUAUAUAUAUAUAUAUGUGUGUGUGUGUGUGUGUGUGUGUGUAUGUAUAUAUAUAUAUGUGUGUGUGUGUGUGUGUGUGUGUGUGUGUGUGUGUGUGUGUGUGUGUGUAACAAUAUACAAAAAAUAACAGUUACAAUUUCAUAACUGGUUCCUAACUACCUUUGCAUUCUUCUUCUUCUUCUUCUUCAAUGAGUAUUGAGUUCAUCUUCAUCAUCUUCCUCAAAAUAUCUUCGGGUUAUCUCAACAUCGACAAAAGUGUUAGAACAAGAUUUGUUCUGAUCAAUUAUCUUAGUUUUGAUGAUAACAAUAAUAUGAAUUUUGCUUAAGAUAAUAUGGUACUCUAAUCCAAUGCAAUUUCCUUUUCAGGAAAUAUAUAUAAAGAGUACGCAUAAUUCAGCGCUCAGAAGCUUUGUCUCAAAGGGUUCAGCAUGCAACAUCAGAACAUGGUCUGGCAAGACAUCAGAAGAUGGUCGAAGCAGAAUCAGAACAUGGGUCUAUGGAAGCAUCAGAAGAACAAGAGAACAGAAGCACUGAAGUUCUGAUGGUAUCACGCUCAGAAGCACUUCAAGGUCAGAAGAUCAGAAGAUGCUAUGCACCAAGCUGUUUGACUCUGAUGAUAUUCAAACGUUGUAUUCACAAACAUCAGAUCAGAAGGAAGUACAAGUGGCAAGCUACGCUGACUGACAAAAGGAACGUUAAAAGCUAUUAAAGGCUACGUCAGUAGACACAGCGUGAACAAGGCUCGAGGUAGUUGACAAAAGCGUAUAACAUUAAAUGCGAUGCUGUACGGAACACGCAAAGCAUUAAAUGCAUUCAACGGUCAUCUUCUCCAAACGCCUAUAAAUAUGAAGUUCUGAUGAGAAGCAAGGUUAACGAUUCUGCACCAAAACAACUCAAAUCAACUUGCUUAAACUCUGUUCAAAUCAAAGCUCAGAAUCUUCAUCUUCAUCAAAGCUCACUACAUUGCUGUUGUAAUAUAUUAGUGAGAUUAAGCUUAAACGUUAAGAGAAAUAUCACAGUUGUGAUUAUCGCUUUUAAGAAGCAUUUGUAAACUCUUAGAAUUGAUUACAUUAAGUUGUAAGGAACUAGAGUGAUCGUGUGGAUCAGAAUACUCUAGGAAGUCUUAGAGGUUAUCUAAGCAGGUUGUAACUAGAGUGAUCGUGUGGAUCAGUAGACUCUAGAAAAGUCUUAGAGGGUAUCUAAGCAGUUGUUCCUGGAGUGAUCAAUGUGUGAUCAGAAGACUCUGGAAGACUUAGUUGCUGACUAAGUGGAGAACCAUUGUAAUCCGUGCGAUUAGUGGAUUAAAUCCUCAGUUGAGGUAAAUCAUCUCUGCGGGGGUGGACUGGAGUAGUUUAGUUAACAACGAACCAGGAUAAAAAUAACUGUGCAAUUUAUUUUUAUCUGUCAAGUUUUUAAAGCUACACUUAUUCAAACCCCCCCUUUCUAAGUGUUUUUCUAUCCUUCAAUUGGCAUCAGAGCGCCGGUUCUAAGGUGCAAGCACUUAACCGUGUUUAGAAAAGAUUCAGGAAGAGAAAAACGCUUCAGUAAAAGAUGGCUGGUGAAAUUCCAACAGAUCCACCUGCAUCUACAUCUGGCUCUGCUGAGCAAUACAAUGGUAACAAUGGUUAUACUAGACCGCCGGUAUUUGAUGGUGAAAACUUUGAAUACUGGAAAGAUAAACUGGAAAGUUACUUUCUGGGUCUAGAUGGUGAUCUAUGGGAUCUUCUGAUGGAUGGUUACAAACAUCCAGUAAAUGCCAGUGGCGUAAAGCUGACAAGGCAAGAGAUGAAUGAUGAUCAGAAAAAGCUUUUCAGGAAUCAUCAUAAAUGCAGAACUGUUUUGCUGAAUGCUAUCUCUCAUGCUGAGUAUGAGAAGAUAUCUAACAGGGAAACGGCCUAUGACAUAUAUGAGUCCUUGAAAAUGACUCAUGAAGGAAAUGCUCAAGUCAAGGAGACUAAAGCUCUAACUUUAAUCCAGAAGUAUGAAGCCUUCAAGAUGGAGGAUGAUGAAGACAUUGAAAAGAUGUUUUCAAGAUUUCAAACUCUUACUGCUGGAUUGAGAGUUCUUGACAAGGGAUACACCAAGGCUGAUCACGUAAAGAAGAUCAUCAGAAGCUUACCCAGAAGAUGGGGUCCUAUGGUGACUGCAUUCAAGAUUGCAAAGAAUCUGAAUGAAGUUUCUCUGGAAGAGCUUAUCAGUGCCUUGAGAAGUCAUGAAAUAGAGCUGGACGCAAACGAGCCUCAAAAGAAAGGUAAGUCUAUUGCAUUAAAAUCAAAUAUCAAGAAAUGCACUAACGCUUUUCAGGCUAGAGAAGAAGAUCCUGAAGAAUCAGAAUCUGAAGAAGAAGAUGAACUGUCCUUGAUCUCCAGAAGGCUAAAUCAACUCUAGAAGACCAAGCAAAGGAAGUUCAAGGAAAUUUGAACGUGGAGAAUCUUCUGAUGAAAGAAGAUUUGACAAGAAGAAGGUCAUGUGCUAUGAAUGCAAUGAGCCUGGACACUUCAAGAAUGAAUGUCCAAAUCUUCAGAAGGAAAAUCCCAAGAAGAAGUUUCAUAAGAAGAAAGGUCUUAUGGCAACCUGGGAUGAGUCAGAAGAUGAUUCAGACUCUGAAGAUGAGCAGGCUAACUGUGCGCUGAUGGCGACAGAAGAUGACGGAUCAGAAUCAGAUUCUGAAGAGGUAUUUUCUGAACUUACUAGAGAUGAGUUAGUUUCCGGUCUAACUGAACUUCUGGAACUCAAGUCUCAGAUUAGUCUCAAAUACAAAAAGCUGAAAAAGCUAUUUGAAUUUGAAACAAAGAAGCUUGAGUUGGAGAAUUCUGAAUUAAAAGAAAAACUUUUAAAAUUAUCCAAUAAUGUUGGAUCUCCUUCUGAUUCAGAACAAUCCACUCCUAGUCUAAACCAUAUUCUGAAAGAAUAUGAUUUAAGUUUCAGGAAGUUCUUAUCUAGAAGUAUUGGCAGAAGUCAGCUAGCUUCUAUGAUAUAUGCUGUGUCUGGAAACAAAAGAGUUGGCAUUGGUUUUGAGGGUGAAACCCCAUACAAACUUGAACCUGUUGAUGAAAUGAAAAUUACAUACAAGCCAUUGUAUGAUCAGUUCAAGUAUGGCCACUCUCAUGAUAUUAGGCACACUUCACAUGCUCAAAGCUUUCACAUAACACACACCAAAAAGCAUGUGACACAACCUAGGAAAUAUCAUGAAACUCACAUUAAGAAUUAUCACGCUGUUCCUCCUAUUGCUUACAAUGUUAAACCCAAGUUCAAUCAGAACUUGAGAAAAUCUAACAAGAAAGGACCCAAAAAGAUGUGGGUACCUAAGGAUAAGAUUAUUCCUAUUGCAGAUAUCCUUGACUGCAAAAAGGACAAAGCACAACAUGUCAUGGUACCUGGACUCUGGAUGCUCACGACACAUGACAGGAAGAAGGUCUAUGUUCCAAGACCUGGUGCUUAAGUCUGGAGGAGAAGUCAAGUUUGGAGGAGAUCAGAAGGGCAAGAUAAUUGGCUCUGGAACUAUAAAGUCUGGUAACUCUCCUUCCAUUUCUAAUGUACUUCUUGUAGAAGGAUUAACACAUAACCUCUUAUCUAUCAGUCAAUUGAGUGACAAUGGUUAUGAUAUAAUCUUUAAUCAAGAGUCUUGCAAGGCUGUAAAUCAGAAGGAUGGCUCAAUCCUAUUUACAGGCAAGAGGAAGAACAACAUUUAUAAGACAGAUCUGCAAGAUCUUAUGAGUCAGAAGGUGACUUGUCUUAUGUCUGUUUCUGAAGAGCAGUGGGUCUGGCACAGAAGAUUAGGUCAUGCUAGUUUGAGAAAGAUUUCUCAGAUUAACAAACUAAAUCUGGUCAGAGGACUCCCUAAUCUGAAAUUCAAAUCAGAUGCUCUUUGUGAAGCAUGUCAGAAGGGCAAGUUCUCCAAACCUGCAUUCAAGUCCAAGAAUGUUGUUUCUACCUCAAGGCCAUUAGAACUCUUGCACAUUGAUCUGUUUGGCCCAGUCAAAACAGCAUCUGUCAGAGGGAAGAAAUAUGGAUUAGUCAUCGUAGAUGAUUAUAGCCGCUGGACAUGGAUAAAAUUCUUGAAACACAAGGAUGAGACUCAUUCAGUGUUCUUUGAUUUCUGCAUUCAGAUUCAAUCUGAAAAAGAGUGUAAAAUCAUAAAGGUCAGAAGUGAUCAUGGUGGUGAAUUUGAGAACAGAUCCUUUGAAGAAUUCUUCAAAGAGAAUGGUAUUGCCCAUGAUUUCUCUUGUCCUAGAACUCCACAGCAAAAUGGAGUUGUAGAACGAAGAAUAGGACUCUGCAAGAAAUGGCCAGAACCAUGAUCAAUGAAACCAAUAUGGCUAAGCAUUUCUGGGCAGAAGCAAUAAACACUGCAUGCUAUAUUCAGAAUAGAAUCUCUAUCAGACCUAUUCUAAAUAAGACUCCUUAUGAAUUGUGGAAGAAUAGAAAGCCCAACAUUUCAUAUUUCCAUCCUUUUGGAUGUGUAUGCUUUAUUCUGAACACUAAAGAUCAUCUUGGUAAGUUUGAUUCCAAAGCUCAAAAGUGUUUCCUUCUUGGAUAUUCUGAACGCUCAAAAGGCUACAGGGUAUACAAUACUGAAACAUUGACUGUAGAAGAAUCAAUCAAUAUCAGGUUUGAUGAUAAGCUUGGUUCUGAAAAACCAAAGCAGUUUGAUAAUUUUGCAAAUUGUGAUAUUGAUAUAUCAGAAGUUGUUGAGCCAAGAAGCAACGCAUCAGAAGCAGAACCUCUCAGAAGCAAAGAAUCGGAAGAUCAAGUAUCAGCUUCUCUGGAGAAUCUAAGCAUUUCUGAAGAACCAUCUAUCAGAAGAUCAUCCAGACUCAUCUCUGGUCAUUCAGAAGAUGUCAUUCUUGGAAAGAAGGAUGAUCCAAUCAGAACAAGAGCAUUCCUUAAGAACAAUGCAGGUUGUCAAUUAGGUCUUGUAUCUUUGAUCGAGCCAACUUCUGUUGAUCAUGCUCUAGAAGAUCCAGACUGGAUAAUUGCUAUGCAAGAAGAACUGAAUCAGUUUACAAGGAAUGAUGUUUGGGAUCUUGUUCCUAGACCAGAUGGAUUCAAUAUAAUUGGUACAAAAUGAGUCUUCAGAAACAAGCCCAGAAGUAGAAGAUGAGAAGUUCUUAUAUAUGGGUAUCUUCUGAAAUGAAAUCUUUUUCUUAAGAAGUUCUGAUUAAAAUCAAUUAGAAAUUGUGAUUCGGUUAUUACUAACGUUUCGUUGUCUAAGUUGAUUCAGAAUCUCUUUAAAAGCAAAACAGCUGUAACUGGCUAUCCAGAUGGUAAACACGUGUUCACUACUCCUGGACAAGUGUGCGUGCAGUUGAGGGGACGUCUACUUAGGUAACUGUGCAAAUCACGUCUUUUGUCUUUAUUAUCUCUCCUCAUGUCACGUAACAUUAAAUGCUUUUCAUCAUUAACUCCCUUUCAGUUUUCUUUUUAUAUUCUUCAAACGUUUCUUUUCCCUCUUAUAUUUCUCUCACUUUGCAUACAGUUUCUUUUUCGUUCUCUCUCUCUUUGCAUUCAUAUCAUAAACCCUAGUUGUUUCCAAUAUCUGAAAAUCCAUCAUGAAUCCAUCGUCAAGCUCUGGGAAUCAAGAUAAUGAUCGGAAACAAAAGAGAAAGGCAACUGCUGAACAAGAGACCAAACCAAAAAGAGUAAGGAUCACCUAUGACCCUCUCAAAGUGUAUCAACCCCUUGACGGUACCCCUCAAUCACCUCCCUCUUCAAAGACCUCCACCACCUCUUCCUCCUCAUUCAUCCUCUCGGAACCACCUUCUUCACCAUCUGAUAUCUCCUCUCCUUCAACCCUUCCAUCAGAUAUUUCUUCAUCUCUCUCACACCCUUUUCCCACCAGAACACCUAAUCCCUAUAGUGUUGUUCUUCCCGACUCUAGGUUCACUGUCAACCCUCCAACCCCUACCACUCAAUCAUAUCUGGAGCUUUUACAUUCUGAUGUAAAUGGCUGGUUGGAGAUUCUAGGUGCUGCUCACCUUAACCAUCUGGAUGAGUAUGCUACAAACAACCUUUGGAAUACCUUUCGUCAGGAUUUUCUGGCUAAGGCUACAGACACUCAAAGAAGGAUUAUGUCUGAAGCUCCUGGUGUUCGUGGUCUCCGGUUGGAAGUUGGUGAGAGCAGCCAUCACCAUCUCACCAGGAACAGAAGUGUUCUUGAAAGGAAGAUACCAGCAGAUGAGUUGGAAGAAGAAAAUCUCUACAGAGACAUCGUGGUGUGGAGACCAUGGUUUCCUGUGCUGACUGGAGAUUUUCAGUGGCUGUUCAACUGGUUCAGAAUGAACCCUUCUGAAAAAGCACCUCACAUGGUCUUUCCAGUAGUGGUUUAUCGUGCUGAAGUUGCUGGUCCUACUCCUCCAACAAACCUAGCAGCUAUUCUUCAAGCGUUGGAAGAUGGAACUUCUGAGCUGCCUGAACCAGAAUAUGCUAAGGCUACUUCUGAGUCAGACUCAUAUGAGGAAAUGGAAGAUGCACAAGCUGAAGAUCUCCCAGAAGAUCACCCUGCUGAGAUUGCUGUCCCUUUUGGCAGAAAUUCAGGUGCCUCUUCUUCUGGUGAAACCUCAGCUCUAAUGGAGACCUUGGAAACUCUUCAUCAGAAUCAAGCUAUGCUGGCUUCUCGCUUGGACGCGCAAGAAGCAGCCAAUGCUGAGUUUCGCUCCUUCAUGACAAGGCAAGCUACAAGCACUGACGGGAUUCAUGAUGUUCUGGCGCGGAUUUUGCGUAGGCUAGGAUCUUAGUCUUUUGGUCUUUGUAGUUUUCUUUCCUUGUUGCAUCUGCUUGUUAAACAUCCUCUCUUGUAAUAUUUUUGAUUAUCAAUAAAAACUUUCCUUGUUUUACAUUCCAGUGAUUUUAUUUGUCGUUUUAUUCAUCUGAAUCUUUUGAAAUAUUCUUUUUGAUGUUAUGACAAAAAGGGGGAGAAGAUAAAUGAUAAAUGAUUUGAUUAAAUCUAUCAGUUGCUGGGUAAAGCUCCCACACAUUUACUAACAAGAACUGCAAGUUCUAUAUGGUUUAAGUGUUUUGCAGGUAUAAAGAAGUGAAGAGAAUCUUCAAAGCAGACACAGAAGCAAAACCAUGGAAAUUGAAGCAAGCUGAGUGCUGUCAAGCUUCAG